AUGUCUUCUGGGUUCGUAUCUGCAGGGACAGACAAAGAGCCAAUAGAACGUGACGAUGAGUGGCAUCGAGUACAGCGGGAACUUGAAGAAGAACGCAGGCGCAAGGCGGAACUCGGCAGACAGGAUGGUGGGAAAAGUUUGUACGAGGUUCUCCAGCAGAACAAAAUGGCCAAGCAGGAAGCUUUCGAGGAGAAAAUUAAGUUGAAGAAUCAAUUCCGUUCCCUAGAUGAGGACGAAAUUGAGUUCUUAGAUUCGAUCAUGGAGUCGACACGGGCCCAGGAAGCUGCAGUUAAGAAGGAGACAUCGGAGCAGCUCGAACUAUUCCGCCGGCAGCGAGAAGAGGCAGAGAAAGCCAUGUUAGAAGACACGUCUGUGGAUGUCGCGCCGGCAGCUGAAGGAGAGGACUGGAAAAUACCUGCUCGCAAGAGACGACGAGAGAGAAAUAAGGAUCUUCUAUUCCCGGGUAAGAAACGCAAGUCCACGGCUGAAGUUACUGGUGAGGCCUCUCCAUGCGAGUCGAAGGCGGAUAAGAGCACGGUGAAACCUAGCGAAAAGCCUGAUUCGGCUCAAUUCAAAAAUACUGCAUCUGAAAGGAAAUCGGAAUCUCCUGUGGAAUCAACUAGUCCCAAUACAAUGGAUGCCAAGGAUGCAGGUCAAGGACAGCAGGAAGCGAAACCAGUAGCAAACCUGUCAUCAUUGACUCUUGGCCUUGCGGGCUAUAGUUCAGAUUCAGAAUAA